CAAACCCGCGGGGAAGCAACUUUGCAACGGACCAACAUGGCGGCGUCCAGUGAGGAGCAGGCGUUUGCUUCAGGGGUUGAAAAAAACUGGGGUACAGUAGUCCGUUCCCCAGAGGGGACCCCUCAGAAAGUCCGGCAGCUGAUAGAUGAGGGGAUUGCCCCAGAAGAGGGAAGCGCAGAAGCGAGGGAUACAUCUGCCACAUUCCAGUCAGUUAAUGGAUCGCCCCAAGCAGAACAACCUCCAUUGGAAUCUACAAGCAAAGAAGCCUUCUUUAGCAGAGUAGAAACAUUUUCUUCUUUGAAAUGGGCAGGGAAGCCCCCUGAGCUGUCUCCACUCGUCUGUGCAAAAUAUGGUUGGGUCACAGUUGAGUGUGAUAUGCUCAAGUGUUCCAGCUGUCAAGCUUUUCUCUGUGCCAGUUUACAGCCAGCUUUUGAUUUUGACAGAUAUAAGGAACGAUGUGCUGAGCUGAAGAAAUCCUUGUGUACUGCCCAUGAGAAGUUCUGUUUUUGGCCAGACAGCCCCUCUCCAGAUCGAUUUGGGAUGUUACCAUUAGAUGAGCCUGCUGUUCUUAUUAGUGAAUUCCUAGAUCGUUUUCAAAACCUUUGUCACUUGGACCUCCAGCUUCCUUCCCUGAGGCCAGAGGACUUGAAAACUAUGUGCUUGACAGAAGACAAGAUCAGUCUUCUGUUACACCUGCUUGAAGAUGAACUUGAUCACCGAACUAAAGAGAGAAAAACUCCAAGCAAGUUAGGCUCCGACAUCCAAGUCCACAUCACUUCUUGUGUUCUCUCUCUGUGUGGCUGGGCAUGUAGUUCUGCUUUGGAACCCAUGCAGCUCUCCCUGAUAACAUGUUCACAGUGUAUGAGAAAGGUGGGGCUCUGGGGCUUCCAGCAGAUCGAAUCAUCCAUGACUGACCUGGAUACAUCCUUUGGCCUGACCAACUCUCCAGUCCCAGGCCCUGAAGGUCGUCCAGAGCGCUUCCCUCUGGUGCCUGAAUCGCCUCGGAGGAUGAUGACCAGGAGCCAGGAUGCCACAUUUUCCCCAGGCUCAGAGCAGGUUGAAAAGAGCCCUAGUCCCAUUGUCUCCCGAACUCGGAGCUGGGAUUCUUCUAGUCCUGUUGAUCGGCCUGAGCCGGAGGCAGCCAGCCCCACCACCAGAACCCGGCCAGUGACUCGAAGCAUGGGAACAGGAGACUCUGCUAGCCUGGAAGUACCCUCUAGUCCCCUCCGGAAAGCCAAACGAGCUCGCCUCUGCUCUUCCAGCAGCUCAGACACAUCUUCCCGGAGCUUCUUUGAUCCUACCUCUCAGCACAGAGACUGGUGUCCUUGGGUGAAUAUCACACUUGGCAAAGAAUCUAGGGAGAAUGAUGGAACAGAGCUUGAUGCCAGCACCCCAGCAGAGCCGGGCUGGAAGGCAGUGCUGACCCUCCUGUUGGCCCACAAACAGUCUAAUCAGCCAGCUGAAAUAGACUCCAUGAGUCUCUCUGAAAAAUCAAGAAAAGUAUUCCGAAUAUUCCGACAGUGGGAAUCUUUAUGCUCAUCCUGAAGCUACUCUACCCCAUUCCUGGAGAAAACUGAAAUGAGAGUGACUUUUUGAAAAAUAAAACCUGAAUUCUCUUUGGGUCAGCUGA